UGAGCGUCUUUCUGUGUGUGUGUGUGUGUGUGUGUGUGUGUGUUUGUGUGAGCGAGAGGGGAUCUAUUAUUGCAAACCAAAAGACAACGAGAGUGUGUGAAAGGAACCAGAGAUCGAUCGAACCAUGUCGUGGCUAGUGAUUCUACUGAUACUGUACGUGAUCUGGGAUGUGAACUACUUCAUCCGCUGCGUGUUCACCGUUUUGGGCGGCAAGCUGUUCCAGCGCAAGCGAAAGGUAACGGAGAGCACCUCCAUUUACGGUCUGUGCACCUCCCAGGAUGUGGACAUCUUUAUCCGGCACAUGAACAAUGCCCGGUACCUGCGCGAACUCGACUUUGCCCGCUUCCACUUCUACGCCCUCACGGGUCUGUAUGAGCGCAUACGGCAACGGCGCGGCGGUGCCGUGCAGGGUGCAAGCAGCGUGCGGUAUCGCCGCACCAUACCCAUAUUCCAUCCGUACAAGAUCCAAACGAAGCUAGUCUGGUGGGACGACAAGGCCAUCUAUCUGGAGCAGCAGUUUGUCACCCUGUCCGAUGGCUUUGUGCGUGCCGUCGCCCUCUCCAAGCAGUGCAUCACCAACUGCGACGUCCAGGAGCUGCUCAAUACAUACCCGGAGGCUGCCAAGCGACCGGAGAUGCCCGCCGAUCUCAAGCUCUGGCUGGAUGCCAUCGAGCUCUCCAGCCAGAAGUUGCGCAAAGACAAGUGAGAGCCAGAUAGUAGCACUGCAGACCCAUUUACAUAAUAACCUCUGCGCUUCUGAGCAUCUCCAACUCCGCUUAUUAAGUGUCUUCUACCUCAACAGCUUUCUGUUGCGUCUGUCACUCUUGUUUUUUUUUUAUCGUAGAUUUAAUAAAUAAAUUUUGUAGAGAUUUUUGUAUGGAAAGGUA